AUAAAUCCAUGCCACUAUAAAAGGAGGCGUUGAUAGAUCAGCCUGCACUCUUCAGGUUGCAGAGCGCGAGCUGCCAUUGCCACUGCCAGUGCCAGCCAUGGCGAUCCGAGGCGUCGCCUCCACCCGCGAGGACAUGACGGUGGAGGAGUUCAAGGAGUGGCUCAAGCAGUUCGACGCCGACGGCGACGGCAGGAUCAGCCGGAACGAGCUCCGGGAGGCGUUGCGCCGCCGCGGCGGCUGGUUCACCACCUGGAAGAGCAGCCGUGCUCUUCGCCAGGCCGACAAGAACAACAGCGGCUUCCUGGACGACUCCGAGAUCGAGAACCUUGUCGCUUUCGCCCAGAAGGAUCUCGGCAUGAAGAUAUCCACCUGGUAGAAGAAGAAAAGAAGCGCGCGCAGAGUGACAGACGCAGAGCCGGUGCAUAUGAGAAAUUCAUGAACAUGAACUAGCCAUAUACGAACUGAAGACCCUGCAGCGUCGUUGUAUAAAUACUUUGUAUUGUAGCAACUUGAUUUUGUGUGGUUGAUUCUGUAUGUUUGAUACAGUAUUACAGUAUCUAUGCCAAUUGCACCUCUUCAAUAAUGCUAUGGUAUGUGUAUGUAGUACGAAUUUAUAAGAAAAUGAAACUGAUGGGUCUUUAGCUCAA